AUGUCCUGUUGGACUUGGACUUCCCAAUGCCUCCGUCGCCGGUCAAGGCCGUCCUGUUUUCAGGUUACCACGGUCGGGGCUCUGAUCAGUCUGGUCUAUUUGUUCUACGUCUUCGUGGUUCCUCAUCUGUAUCGCUUGCGACUCCGAGCCGAUCUGACCACGUAUGAUCUGGGGUUGUACGGUUUUGGUCCAUCCAGAAGCUAUGCAUCUGUCGACUACGAAUCCCCCGUCGUCGAGAUCUCCGAGUGGGGAUCAGGAUGCGACCCGCGCUACAUAUUGAUUGCUCCCCGUGGCGAUAGUGUCGCGAAUCCGGGUCCCAUGAUCCUCGACUCGCAGGGAGAAUUGGUCUGGGCAAAAUGGAACUGGGGCACUACGCAGGACUUCAAAAUCCAACGAUACAAAGGCGAGGAUUUUCUCACCUACUGGGAGGGCGGUCAAAUCGCUGGCCGGGGAUAUGGAACGUGGUACAUGCUCGACAAUACCUACACACAGAGAUACGUGCUGAACCCGGUCGGUAACUACGGCGGCGAUCUGCACGAGUUUACGAUCAGUCGGGAUGGAACCGCUCUGGUGUCGGUAUAUGACCCUACGCCCCUUGACUUAACCGCCGUUGGGGGGCCCGAAUUAGGCUGGAUUUUCGAUGCGGUUUUCCAAGAGCUAGACAUUGAGACCGGCGAGCUGCUCUUCGAAUGGCGCGCAUCUAAGCACAUUCCGAUCAAUAGCACCUACGAGCCCCUCGGCGCUGAGGGAAGAGAGCGCGCCCAGGCCUUCGAUUUCUUUCACAUCAACAGCGUCGACAAAACGGACGACGGGGAUUAUAUCAUCUCCGGGCGCCACACUCAUACGGUCACCUGCAUUGAUCGAAAUACCGGGGCCAUCUUGUGGACUCUCGGUGGAAAGGCCAACGACUUCACUGAUUUGUCCGACGGCGACGCGACCGGAUUCUCCUGGCAACACGAUGCGCGUUGGCACGCCAAUGGCACCGUCACUCUCUUCGAUAACGCAGCCCAUUCAGGCACCGAUCCCGUCAGCGAGAGUCGCGGCAUGGUUAUCCAGCUGGACAUUGCCAAACGUACAGCGGCCUUGCUCGGAGCGUACUACCACCCCCAGCAGCUGCUUUCUACGUCACAGGGAAAUGUGCAGAUUCUCGAUGACACGGGCCGGAUUCUGGUGGGCUGGGGCCACAGCGCCGCGUUCACGGAAUACACUGCCGAUGGAGACAUGCUCUGCAAUGUGCAUUUCGCCGCGUCGGCCUUUUUCAACUUCGGACGCGUGGUCUCCUACCGUGACUUCAGGGGGUCUUGGGUGGGCCAUCCGCAUACCACGCCAGACGCCGAGGUCAUCGGUGACCAUGUCUAUGCCAGCUGGAACGGGGCCACCGAGGUUGUCGCCUGGAGGAUGGAAGUCUGGGACUCGGAGGACUACGACGAGGCCAGUUUUGCGGUUGUCGCGCAAUUCGAGAAGACAGGCUUCGAGACGGAGAUCGAAGUUCCUGAAGACCUCACUCGGCCCUUGUUCCGACUCGCGGCCCUCGAUCGCGACGGGAAAAUGCUCGGCGUCACCGACGUCGUUCAGGUCGAACGGGCCACAGACGCGGCUAAUCUUCUCAGCAUGCACAACUGGAUCGUAGGGAUUGCAUUCUCCACCGUCGUGGUCGGUCUACUUGCCGGGAUGUAUCGAUGUUGGGGUUGCUGUCGGCGAAGAUCUCGGUCAGGUCGGUAUCAUCUAGUUCCGUUGAAUGAGAUGACCGAUCGAUCGCCGGUAUAGCCGGCCUACGAGCUCUAUGCCAUUCAAGCUUCGCGGGGUGUAGUAAUCUAGGUUACGUUCCUACGCUCUUGUAUAUAACUUACCAGCAACUGUACAUAAAAUCGAACUUGAUC